AUGACCUGUUACUGGGGAGAGCUGACUAGUAGCUGCCACUUUAAGAGGACCUGGCAGAAACUCAAACAACUCAAUCAGUUUCCUGACUUCAACAACUACCUGAUUUUCGUCCUGACCAGACUCAAGUCAGAAGAUGAGCCAACGCGCUCUCUUAGCGGCCUCAUCCUCAAGAACAACGUGAAGGCGCACUAUCAGAGCUUCCCACCCCCUGUGGCAGACUUCAUCAAACAGGAGUGUCUCAACAACAUUGGCGACGCCUCCUCGCUCAUCCGAGCCACGAUUGGCAUUCUCAUCACCACCAUCGCUUCCAAGGGUGAGCUGCAGAUGUGGCCCGAGCUGCUGCCCCAGCUCUGCAACCUGCUCAACUCGGAGGAUUACAACACUUGUGAGGGAGCCUUUGGAGCCCUGCAGAAGAUCUGUGAAGACUCAUCAGAGCUUCUGGACAGUGACGCGCUCAACAGGCCCCUCAACAUCAUGAUCCCCAAGUUCCUGCAGUUCUUCAAGCACUGCAGUCCCAAGAUCCGGUCCCACGCCAUCGCCUGCGUGAACCAGUUCAUCAUGGACCGGGCUCAGGCGCUGAUGGACAAUAUUGACACCUUCAUUGAGCACCUAUUUGCCCUGGCCGUGGAUGAUGACCCCGAGGUGCGGAAGAAUGUGUGCCGCGCCCUGGUGAUGCUUCUGGAAGUGCGGAUCGACAGGCUCAUCCCCCACAUGCACAGCAUCAUCCAGUACAUGCUGCAGAGGACCCAGGACCAUGACGAGAACGUUGCCCUUGAGGCCUGUGAGUUCUGGCUGACGCUGGCCGAGCAGCCCAUCUGUAAGGAAGUCCUGGCCUCCCAUCUGGUCCAGUUGAUCCCCAUCUUGGUGAAUGGGAUGAAGUACUCGGAAAUUGACAUCAUCCUGCUCAAGGGGGAUGUGGAGGAGGACGAGGCUGUCCCUGACAGUGAGCAGGACAUCAAGCCACGCUUCCACAAGUCACGCACGGUGACACUGCCCCACGAGGCUGAGCGGCCUGAUGGCUCCGAGGACGCGGAGGAUGACGACGAUGAUGAUGCUCUCUCCGACUGGAAUUUGAGGAAGUGCUCAGCGGCCGCACUGGACGUCCUCGCCAAUGUCUUUCGGGAGGAACUGCUGCCCCACCUACUCCCGCUACUCAAAGGCCUCCUCUUCCACCCCGAGUGGGUGGUCAAGGAGUCGGGCAUCCUGGUGCUGGGAGCCAUUGCCGAGGGCUGCAUGCAGGGCAUGGUGCCCUACCUGCCCGAGCUGAUCCCGCACCUGAUCCAGUGCCUGUCGGAUAAGAAGGCCUUGGUCCGCUCCAUCGCCUGCUGGACGCUGAGCCGCUAUGCCCACUGGGUGGUCAGCCAGCCGCCCGACAUGCACCUCAAGCCCCUGAUGACAGAGCUGCUCAAACGCAUCCUGGAUGGCAACAAGAGGGUGCAGGAGGCGGCCUGCAGUGCUUUCGCCACCCUGGAGGAAGAGGCCUGCACGGAGCUGGUGCCCUACCUCAGCUACAUCCUGGACACACUCGUCUUUGCCUUUGGGAAAUACCAGCACAAGAACCUGCUCAUCCUCUACGACGCCAUUGGCACCCUGGCCGACUCUGUAGGCCACCACCUCAACCAGCCGGAAUACAUCCAGAAGUUGAUGCCCCCACUGAUCCAGAAGUGGAAUGAGCUCAAGGACGAAGACAAGGACCUCUUCCCCCUGCUGGAGUGUCUGUCAUCAGUGGCCACCGCCCUGCAGAGUGGCUUCCUGCCUUACUGUGAGCCCGUUUACCAGCGCUGCGUCACCCUGGUGCAGAAGACGCUGGCUCAGGCCAUGAUGUACACCCAGCACCCCGAGCAGUAUGAGGCUCCCGACAAGGACUUCAUGAUCGUAGCACUGGAUCUGCUCAGCGGCCUGGCUGAGGGCCUGGGUGGUCAUGUGGAGCAGCUGGUGGCCCGCAGCAACAUCAUGACACUGCUGUUCCAGUGCAUGCAGGACUCGAUGCCUGAGGUCCGGCAGAGCUCCUUUGCCCUCCUGGGAGACCUCACCAAAGCCUGCUUCAUCCAUGUCAAGCCUUGUAUUGCCGAGUUCAUGCCCAUUCUGGGCACCAACCUGAACCCAGAGUUCAUCUCGGUCUGCAACAACGCCACCUGGGCCAUUGGUGAAAUCUGCAUGCAGAUGGGGGCAGAGAUGCAGCCUUAUGUGCAGAUGGUCCUCAACAACCUGGUGGAGAUCAUUAACCGACCCAACACACCCAAGACACUGCUGGAAAACACAGGUCGUCUGACGAGUCCCUCUGCCAUUCCAGCCAUCACCAUCGGCCGCUUGGGCUAUGUGUGCCCCCAGGAGGUGGCACCCAUGCUGCAGCAGUUCAUCCGGCCUUGGUGCACGUCCCUCAGGAACAUCAGGGACAACGAGGAGAAGGACUCAGCCUUCCGCGGCAUCUGCAUGAUGAUCGGUGUCAACCCGGGGGGCGUUGUGCAGGACUUUAUUUUCUUCUGCGACGCUGUAGCCUCCUGGGUGAGCCCGAAGGAUGACCUUCGGGACAUGUUUUAUAAGAUUCUCCACGGCUUCAAAGACCAAGUUGGGGAAGAUAACUGGCAGCAGUUCUCUGAGCAAUUCCCGCCGCUGCUCAAGGAGAGGCUGGCGGCUUUCUACGGGGUCUAGGUGAUCAUGGAGACUGCCAGGUUUCUGUCUGCGUUGUCGUCGGAGGGAUUACUGGGGAGUGCGCUGCAUCCAGAAGUCGCUGUGCCCUGGUUGAGGGGGGUUAGGGAGGAGUGAGUGGGACUCAAAUCCAGAUGCCUUCCCCGUCCGUCCGUCCGUCCGUCCGUCCACUUGCCCUCCUGGCAGGUGGGUGGGGCCACCAUGCUCAUCCUACAAACGGGGAGGUGGGGGGGACUUCUGGUGGGCAAGGGCCCCUGGGCUCUAAUAGGGUCAUCUCUGGCAGCCCACUUGGGCCAGCUACAUGGGAGGGAGGAAUCUACACAGCUGACCGAAUCCAGCUUCGGAUGAGGUGAGGGAGGAGCAGGUCAGGAAGGGGACCCUUGUAGGGACGCGUACACUCACACGGACACACGUGGCCACACGCAUGUGCGAGUGCCAUAACCGGCGAGGCUGGGCCAGCCGCUCCACCAUUUCCCCGACUGCAUGGAGACAGUAGAAUUAGUGAACCCCUGAGUUAACCCGUAAGGCCUUCCGUGUAACCUGCAUCUAGAGUUUAAGAAGCUUCUGCUGUUUUGCCGGAAUUGGCGGUGACUGGGGAGGGCUGGGUGGGUGGGGGGCCUCAGGCGGGAUCUCGGGGCGGGGGGAGGAGGAUGGUGACCUUGGGGGUCGCCCUGUCAGCACGCACAUGCUUGGGACCUGCUCCACACACUCCCUGCCAGCUUUGUUGCAGCCUCAGCUGGUGUGUCUCCGUCCUUGUCCUAGCCUAACUCGCAGGGUGAGAACCACUGGAGUGGCUGGGGCUGGCCAGAGGUCACCCUUUCUCCUUCCUGUGUGCUCCAGUGGCUUUUGAAGACACUGGGCUGGGACCUUUUUCCUGAAGAGAGCUGGGUGUAGCCAGAGCUUCUGGCACCUACCCCUAGUAUCUCCCUCUGUAAACAGCUUCAGGGGCAGUCCGUUUCUCUGUGCUUCUGAAAGCCCCCUUCUUACGUUUCAGGCCCGAGUUUUAACUCAAGGGCCAGGGCAGGGGCAUUUGAUUGAUGAUGACAGAGGACACAGGUUUAUGCUUUGCCAGCAAGAAGGAAAACCGAGGCUUGGCGGAAGGGAAAGGUGGUGUGUCCCCUGUUCCCUACUCCAUCUCCCUGGGACUUCCUGCUCAUCAUAGUACCCAGUGAGCCCAGAGAUCCUACUAGACUGGGUCAGCAAUUCUAGAGAACCUUCCGGAAUAGUCUGGGGACACGGUCAAGGUGGCAGGGGCUCCCCUAGAGAGGGUGGGGGUGUAGUUAUUUCCCAGUUGGUCAGAAAACUGGGCCCUGCAGACCCCCUUAGCAUUUUUUCCCUUUUUUUUCCUUCCUUGCUUUUUACUUCUUUGGGGAGCCCCUUGUGUUUUGGAGUUUGACUGGAGUCUCGCAUCCUGGGGCCUGCUCCAUCCAUUCCUCCUGGGCCCCAGACCCUCCAUCCUAGCCCUGUGUCUUUCCAGAGGCAAGGUCAGGCCCCGCCUCUAUUCCAAGGGGCACUCAGUACACAUUCCAUAAAUUAGCUGGGUGUCCCUGCCCGCCCACCCCAUGAAACUCGAGCAGGUCUCUGGAAGCCAUUUGUUUAAAAAAAAAAAAAAAAAAAAAAAAAAAAGUUUUAAAAAUACCUUUAAUUUUCUGGUAAUUCCAGUUCUUUGGAGCAUCCUCUGCUGGGUCUUGGGGUGUGUGGAUGGAUUGGCUGUCUGAUGGGAUUGGUAACCCCUCACUACUCAAGAUGCGGGGAUACAAACACCUUCAGGGAAGGGGAGCCUGGUUCUUCUCGUUUUCCUUUUUUUUUUUUUUUAAAAAAAAAAACUAUUUAAUUUUUUAAUUUAUUUUUGGUUAUUUUUUGCACAAUGAAGUUUCAGCUUCUCAACCUUCUCCCCUAACCAGGGCUGUGGACCCAGACUGGCCUUGAGCCACAGUCCCUCUUUCCCUCAUCACCCUCUUCCCCCUGCGGGCUCCCGGGUCUGUCCAUUUGUUACUGUGCUGUGCUGGGGAUUGGCGCCGAGGUGGCGUGAGAUUCCACUUGUGUAGAACUUUGUUGAGUAAAGAUCAGUUUCUUGUGAA